UUAGAAAGGUGCAGCGUAGUAACCUAACAGUGCGUUCAACUGGUUUGUGUGUUUUUGCAGUCUAGUGUUCAUCAACUUAGUUUUGCCGAUUAAGCUAAGCUCUUUUCCCAGGUUUGACCUGAGAAUGUUGCUCUUCGACAUAUAAUGACAACAUUUGUGAGGAAGACAAUUAUUUUCGUCCCUCUUUAGCUACUAUAAAAGUGUUUAAAUUGCGGGGCCCCAGUUGCUCUGCUGAAGGGGAUGCAGUGGUUGUACUGAGAGCUCACUCACAGGUUGACAAAUGUUGUCUGAAACUUGGGGAAAGGUCAAGCAGAGACUGCUGAAGGGACCAUUGAGGCGUGCUUGUUUUCGUGGAUCCAUCCAAGAUCGGCCAAGAGAGAGGAACACUGCACAUAUGAAGCUGAGUUCACAUGGUUUCCACCUUCAGCUUCAUCGUAAGACUUGCGGACGUCAGAAAACCAAGUGACGCCAAGCAUCUCAUCGGCGCAGCGAAGGGGAGAGCACAAGUGAAGCUGCUCCUGUGGAGUACAAUUACCUCGAAAUUGCUGCUUUGUCCUCUUGACCCCUCGUAGAUUUUACUGAAACCUGCUGUGAGCCUCCCUCAGUCUGAGGCUAUGAGAGGGAGAGAGGAGUAUCAGGCCGCACCAUCAUGCUACUACUGAGACGCUGGGAUGAGACUUUGGCUGGAAAAACACAAGGUGUUACUCUACCACUCCUCCACCAUGCAUCUCUGUGGCUGCCGCAGCCCCUCCCUGCCUCGCGGUCAAGUUGGGGCCGCCUACUCUGCCCCCUUGGUUGCCCAGGAGCAAGAGAGGCGAGUCCGACCCCUGCAUCCGCCCCUGCCACCAUCGCUCCACUGCCGCACCAGCGCCUCUCUCUGCAUCUCCCUCCUUCUCCUGCUGCUCUGCCUUCUCCACCUGCCCCCAGCCUGCCACUCACGGAGAGAUAAGGGCGGGGGAGGCGGUGGCGGCCACUACAUCCCCAUCCCUCAGCCCCCUCCCCACCACCUGGCCCUGCCCAACAUCUUGCGCGGCCUCAGCAUUGCUGUCGUCCUGGUGGGAAACUCCAGUGAAGUGGCGCUGGCUGGAGCUCGGGAGAAGGAAGACUUCCUCCACAUGGCGCCCAACGUGGAGGUGCUGACCAUGAAUGAGACAGACCCUAAAAGCAUCAUCAAGAGCAUCUGUGAUCUAAUGACAGAGCACUGGCUGCAGGGCGUGGUGUUCGGGGAUGACACCGACCAGGAAGCCAUCGCCCAAAUCCUUGACUUCAUCUCAGCUCAGACCCAUAUCCCCAUCCUCGGAGUCCGUGGGGGCUCCUCCAUGAUCAUGGCUGCCAAGGAUGACAACUCCAUGUUCUUUCAGUUUGGCCCCUCUAUCGAACAGCAGGCUUCGGUUAUACUAAAUAUCAUGGAAGAAUAUGACUGGUACAUCUUCUCCAUCGUCACCACGUACUACCCUGGUUACCAGGACUUUGUCACCAAGAUCCGUAGCACCAUCGAGAACAGCUUUGUGGGCUGGGAACUGGAGGAAGUUUUACUGCUUGACAUGUCUGUAGAUGACGGAGAUUCAAAGAUCCAAAACCAGCUGAAAAAGCUCCAGAGCCCCGUCAUUCUUCUGUACUGCACAAAAGAAGAGGCCAACACCAUCUUCGAGGUCGCUCACUCUGUUGGGAUCACUGGCUACGGCUACACGUGGAUUGUGCCCUCGCUGGUAGCUGGAGACACUGUUGUAGUGCCUGCAGAGUUCCCCACAGGUCUGCUCUCCGUGUCCUACGACGAGUGGGACUAUGGCCUAGAGGCCCGCGUUCGCGACGGUGUGGCCAUCAUCACCAUGGCAACCUCCACCAUGAUGAUGGACCGCGGCCCUCACACCCUGCUGAAGUCCGAGUGCCACGGAGCCCCCGACAAAAAGACUCCCAUCUCAGGCAACCCCAACGAAGUGCUCAGGUACCUGAUGAAUGUGACGUUUGAGGGGCGUAAUCUGUCAUUCAGCGAGGACGGAUACCAGAUGCACCCCAAGCUGGUCAUCAUUCUGCUCAACAAGGAGAGACAGUGGGACAGGGUGGGUAAAUGGGAGAACGGUUCCCUGUCCAUGAAAUACCAUGUGUGGCCUCGCUAUGAACUUUAUGGGGGAGCAGCAACCAGGGAGGAUGACCACCUGUCCAUCGUGACAUUGGAGGAGGCUCCUUUCGUCAUUGUGGAGGACGUGGAUCCACUGAGCGGAACAUGCAUGAGGAACACCGUACCCUGCCGGAAACAGAUCAAAACAGUUAAUCAGACGAGGGAGUCGGGGAUCUACAUAAAGCGUUGCUGUAAGGGUUUCUGCAUUGACAUCCUGAAGAAGAUCGCCAAAUCGGUCAAGUUCACCUAUGACCUUUACCUGGUCACUAAUGGCAAACAUGGAAAGAAGAUCAAUGGAACAUGGAAUGGAAUGGUGGGAGAGGUGGUGUUAAAGAACGCCCACAUGGCCGUUGGCUCCUUGACCAUCAAUGAGGAGAGGUCAGAGGUCAUCGAUUUUUCCGUUCCCUUCAUUGAGACGGGCAUCAGCGUCAUGGUCUCCCGUAGCAACGGCACCGUUUCACCCUCAGCCUUCUUAGAGCCCUUCAGUGCGGAUGUGUGGGUGAUGAUGUUCGUGAUGCUGUUGCUGGUGUCAGCAAUAGCUGUGUUUAUAUUCGAGUACUUCAGCCCUGUGGGCUACAACCGCUGUCUGGCUGACGGCAAAGAGCCUCAUGGUCCCUCCUUCACCAUUGGUAAGGCCAUCUGGCUGUUGUGGGGUCUGGUCUUUAACAACUCUGUGCCAGUGCAGAACCCCAAAGGCACCACCAGUAAGAUCAUGGUGUCAGUGUGGGCCUUCUUUGCUGUCAUCUUCCUGGCCUCCUACACUGCCAACCUGGCUGCUUUCAUGAUCCAGGAGGAAUAUGUGGACCAGGUAACUGGUCUCUCAGACAAAAAGUUCCAGAGCCCCAAUGACUUCUCGCCUCCUUUUCGGUUUGGCACCGUCCCAAACGGGAGUACUGAGAGAAACAUUAGGAACAACUAUCCAGAAAUGCACUCCUACAUGACAAAGUUCCAUCAGAGAAACGUCAAUGAGGCUCUGCAGAGUCUCAAGGCCGGCAAGCUUGAUGCUUUCAUUUAUGAUGCGGCCGUGCUGAACUACAUGGCUGGCAGGGAUGAGGGCUGCAAGCUAGUGACCAUUGGCAGCGGCUACAUCUUUGCCACCACGGGGUAUGGCAUUGCGAUCCAGAAGGAGUCGCUCUGGAAGAGACAUGUGGACCUGGCCAUCCUGCAGCUCUUUGGAGAUGGUGAGAUGGAGGAGCUGGAGUCCUUGUGGCUGACGGGUAUCUGCCACCACGAGAAGAACGAGGUGAUGUCCAGCCAGCUGGACGUGGACAACAUGGCCGGUGUCUUCUACAUGCUCGGUGCCGCCAUGGCUCUGUCCCUCAUCACCUUCAUCUGUGAACACUGGUUCUACUGGCAGUUGCGCUUCUGCUUCAUGGGUGUCUGCUCCGGCCAGCCUGGCUUCGUCUUCAGCAUCAGCAGGGGCAUCUACAGCUGUAUCCACGGGGUGCAGAUUGAAGAGAAGAGCAGCUCAGCAUUAAACUCCCCAUCAGCCACCAUGAACAACACCCAUUCCAACAUUAUGCGCCUCUUACGCACCGCCAAGAACAUGGCCUCCCUGUCAGGGGUGAAUGGCUCACCACACAGUGCUCUGGACUUCAUCCGCCGUGAAUCCUCUGUUUAUGACAUCUCCGAACACCGGCGCAGCUUGGCGGGCCACUCAGACUGCAAGCCACCUUACCUACCAGAAGACAAUAUGUUCAGCGACUACAUCAGUGAGGUGGAGAGGACGUUUGGCAACAUCCACCUGAAGGACAGUAAUCUGUACCAGGACCAUUACCUGCACCACCAUGGCUCAACACUAGGGCUCAGCGGACCUCCUCCCAACAGACCCCAUAGUUUGGGCAGUGCUAGUUCUCUGGAGGGUGGCAUGUUCGACUGUGACAGCCUCGGUGGAGGGGUGGCCCCUAUUUUCACCACCCAGCCCUGCUCAGCACUUACACACAGGAACAUGAGCAAGUUUGACCUGCUGUCUGGACAGACUCCUCCCUCAGGCCAGGGCUUCAAGGGAGGCCUGCCGGACCUGUAUGGAAAGUUCUCCUUCAAGGGAGGUGCCUCAAGUUCCACAUAUAUUCCCGGGCAUAACUACUGCGGAGGGAGAGGAGAUGAUGAUGGGAAUAUACGUUCAGAUGUCUCUGACAUUUCCACACACACUGUAACUUAUGGAAACCUGGAGGGUAAUGCCAAGAAGCGCAAACAGUACCGCGAUAGCCUGAAAAAGAGGCCGGCCUCUGCCAAGUCCAGACGGGAACUGGACGAGAUUGAGCUGGGCUACAGGAGGAAACCAUACCACAUCAGCCACCAUCACUAUCACGGCCACCGCUCUGCCUCACCACCGCUUUUGCCCUCUGAACGGAAGAGAGGAGGAGGAGGAGGAGGUGGUGGUGUUGGUGUUGGAGGAGGAAACAAUGAAGGGAACUAUCUAUUCAGAGAAAAAGAGAGCGUUAGAGAUUUUUACUUGGACCAGUUUCGGCCCAAAGAGGGCGUCCCUCAGUGGGAACAUGUGGACCUGACAGAGGGCCCUGGGAAUAGAGAUGGAGGAGUUGCGACCUGCACCUCCCUGGUUCCAGUGGACGACUUUCUUAAGAGCAAACCCAAAAAGUCAGAUUCGAAGAGUGGGGGAGGAUCUGGACUGGCAGGAGGAGAGUGGGAGUGCAGGAACUGUCGGGCUAGUGGGGGCAAGCAGAUGUCCAUACAUGGUGGAGGUGGUGGGUAUGGUGGUGGUAUGAGCUGCGGGUCCUCAGGAGGUGGAGGAAACAGCCGACCCAGCUCUGCAACCUGCAUGCGCUGCGAGGGCUGUAAAAAAACAGGAAACCUCUACGACAUCAGUGAGGACAACAACCACCUCUUGGAACAGAUGGGGGGAGGGCAAGGUGGGGGAGGAGGAGGAGGUAUGGGCGCAGGCCCCCAAUCUCAACUUCAGGGCCAGCAGAGGAGGAAGGGUGGCGGAUUAGGCAAACCACUUAGGCGGCAGCACUCGUAUGACACAUUUGUUGACCUUCAGAAAGAGGAGUCAGGUGGGAUGGGAAGUUUGAUGGGGGGCCUAGGAGGAGGUGGAGGGAUGAGUGGCGCAGGUAUGGGAGGGAUGCUGCCCCCACCCAGGAGUGUUAGCUUGAAGGAGAAAGAACGUUACAUGGAGGGCACCAGCCCCUUCGCACACAUAUUUGAGCGUCAUGGGGGCUCGGAGAGAGAAAGGGAAAGAGACAGGGAUCCGUUGUUUUACGGAGGUGAGGGCCGCAAAGGACCCGGCUCACCAUUCGGCCUAUUCAGAGGUGGCGAGGGCCUCCAUCGCCGCUCCAUCGGAGAAAGAGACAUGAGAGACAGGGAUAGGUCUUUAAUGGAAGGAGGAGCAUUCUCUUUAUCCAAAUCUCUUUACCCUGACCGGGUAAACCAAAACCCCUUUAUACCCACCUUUGGCGAUGACCAGUGUCUGAUGCACGGAGCCAAACAAUAUUACAUGAAAAAGCAACAGCAGCAGCAACAAGUUGCCAAAAACAGCCGAAGUGACUUCAGGAGCCAGAUGAGCACGGCGUCAUAUCUGCCAGCGUCUGCCACGGCUGGGGUGAUGUCCAAUGUGACCCCCCGGUUCCCGAAAGAGCUCAGCCUUGGUGGAAUGAACCACCAUGGCUCCAUGCUGGGGGUCGGCCCCCCACGUCCCUUCAAUGGAAGCAAUGGCCAUGUGUACGAGAAACUGUCCAGCAUUGAGUCUGAUGUUUGAGAGAAAAAGGGGGAGGAGGAGCGGAUGAUGGCAAGGGAGAAGGAGAAGAGGAAUAGAGGCGUGUAGUGUUAGGAGAUCAGGGAUGAUUUUAAAGACACUGUCCACACACUGCAACCCUAGCCCAUAUUGGGACAGCAUGAUGAGGUGAAAGAGGAGAGAGCUAGAGGAGGAAAAGACUGAAAGGUAGAGACUGUGAAAUGAAGGGUUGAAGGGGAAAAAAAUCUUGAUUUUGCAAGAAAAUCUGGGUAAAAAAAAAAAUCAGGACACCCUGAGGAGGUGUGGGAUGUUAACCCUCUCUCAGAAAUGGCCAAAGCUACUCUACUUUUAUGUCCAAACACAGUCAAUUAACAUUCCCCUCACCAUCACAAAUGUACUCAACUCCCAAGUCCAUAAUUUCAUCCACCAGUAAGGCAGAAGUCAUUGUACUUGGUUAUUAUCUCAAAGAGGCGACACCUCAUCUUAGUUUGAUAUUGGACAUGUGAGCCUGGUGCGAUUUGAUGGCUGUCUGAGAGCUCCCGCUGAGCACUUAUGAAGAAAGACUGCGAGAGUGGAGAGAGGAGCGAACUGCCCAUCUGCCCCUGUGCCACUGCAGAAAGGAGACAUUGUCACAUUUACACAGGAGAUGACUAGUGCUUCUCUCUCCUUCUCUCUCUGGAAGGAAACAGCAUUGCCUGUCCAUCUCUCUGUCUCUCUCUCUCCCUCUCUUUCUCUGUCUCUCUCCAUCCUGCACUCGUCCCACUCUCUCUCGGCCCCCCCCGCUCCUCCUCCUCAUCCCUUCACCAAAAGAGCUGAUCUUGUUUGCUAUGAGAAAUACAAUCAUGAAUGAUAAUAAGAUAUUCUUAUAGAAAAACAGGGUAUAAGAACAACAAUAAUAUUGAUAACAUUGUGAAUAACAAAAAUGUUAGUACUGAUUAUGAUAACACUGCUUAUUAUAUCACUAAGUUUUUCUUGUUUUAUAUUCUGUUUGUAUAAUAUUUCACUGCUGUUUUAGUAUCUGUAGUUAUGUCCUGUCUGCCCCUGGUGGCAGCAGGAUGGUUGUUUUCAGUUCAGCCAACAAGCCACAAAGACUCAACUCCUGGUUUUGUUUUCUGUAGAAUAUUUUACUCCACGCUCAUAUAUUUAUUUGCUCCUAGUUGAAAAAACAGGAUCUCAAAAACACAUUUAGAGCGCACAGAUCCUCAUUUCAUUACAAAUCAAAAUGCACACGCACACACUCACGCACGCACACAAACACACAGUUUUUGUCGGCCUGAACUUGUGCUACUGUGAACAACAUGUCGUCAGAAGCUGAAGAUACUGGGAGGAAGGACGUGCCUUAACGGUCUCCAGUGGAUGUCUCCUCCAGUUCGCAUGCGGUCCUCACACGACAGCACCAGGACGGACCAGCGUGCUUUGAGGCCGCUCGGUGGUCUCGUCAUGUUUUUGAGCCAAAUCUGCAGUAAAAAUUUACAGCAGGCUUGAGACGCCACUGCUGAUGGUUUCAAUACAAGAACGCUAUCGGGGGAUGUUUUAUAACUUCGUAAAAAAUUUUUCAUAUGUCAAGUAUGGGCUGUGAAGCAGUUGUAUUCAGGAUGUCCCUCUGUCACUGAUAGACAUCUCACUUCACAACACGGCAGCCUUUAGACCACUUUUUUUAUUCAGGUUACAUGACAACAGUCACCAGGCACUUACUUUUCUCGGCCUCUCACUGGUAUCUCACAGAAGGCGUCACUUUUCACUCACAUAAGCGGUCUGAGAGGCGCACACAGAAAGCUUUGUCUGGACUUUGUGUAUCAUUAAUAUAUGCACUGUCGCUUAUGUAGGCUACAAAAUGUGUAGGAGAAGUGUUGUUACCGCAUGACAAUGAUAAAAGCUUGAGCUGAGGAGGAUGUCUAUUUGAGAGAGGCCUCUUACGCACUGACCGAGGCGUCAGGAAGGAGGCCAUGUUGCGAAAAGCUUUGCAGCUUUUUACUUUGACUGAUGUAGAUAGACUUUUUAGCUGGAGAGGCCUCAUUUAUUGCACAGGACCUUUUACUCAGUGUAGGUUCAGGCACUCAGUAGACAUGCCUUAUCGUCCCAUCAACCCCCCCCCUACCCCCACCCCGAGCUGUCUGAUGAUGACUCAGCAUUUUACUGUACAGAAUAAAGAAGCCUCUAUGAGUUAUUUAAAGGUUUGAUCUUCGAUUAGCUGACGGUGUCAGAAGUUCAAGGGCUGCAGGAGAUUGCGCAGGAGUGCUGGCCUGAGAUUGGAGCUGCUGGAAUGUGAAAAGUGUGAUCUUUGUCAUUGCGGACUUCUAUCUUAUACCCUAAUCUAAAUGCACCCAUGUAAUAGGUUGGUGUGUGUGUGUGAGUGAGUGAGUGUGAGUGAGUGAGUGAGUGUGUGUGUGCAUGUGCGCGUAUGUGUGUGUUUGGCGAGGGAAACAAAUCACAAUUGAACAAUAUCAGACGUUUUUUUUUUGUUACUAACCCGAUGAUAACAAUUCAUAAAUUCAGCAGCCUCUCGUCCUCCCUCGCUGUAAACGUAACAGCAUCAAAAAUGAGCCUGUUGGAGUUAGCCUUAAAUCAAACAGAUUCAUCAACACACACACCCCCAAACCUCCUAAUAAAUAGAAUGGGAUCUCUGGAAUUUUUUAUAUGCACACAUUUUGAAAGUUCAGGUCAACCAUAAUCAGCAAGAUGGUAUAAGAAGGAGACGGGAGUGCUGGGAAUGACGAGGAAAUAAGACAAGCAGAAGAAAGACUUUGGAGUGGGCAUCAAUCAGUGUCAGCAUUUGUAUGUUCAAUCUUUUCCUUGUAAAUAAAAUAUUUAAAACUCUUUUCACUUUGUACAGUAAACAGACAGGCAGGAUGUAACUUUCAAUAUGUUUUACAGCAAUUUAAGAAAUAAACAAAACAAUAAUAAAAACUCAUAAAAACAAAAAAAUACAUGAACAAAAAUAUGCAAAAUAUAGUUAAGACACAAAUAUUACUAAUCAUAAGUGAUAUAAUUGAACCUCUUUUUCUUUAAAGCUCAUGUUUACUUAAUUAUGGUAGUUUACCAAUCAGUAUACUGAUAAUGUUAAGAAUUAUGCUUUUUCAUAUUUUCACUAAAGUGUUGGAAACUGAGGAUAAUUUACUGUAGGUGUAGACGUUUGGUGAUAAAAAGGGGAAAGUUUAGUUUUAGGAGUUUUUGCUAAGUUUCCCUUGAAUUGUGUUAGAUUCUCUCUUUUUAAGGUAAGCUACUCUUCAUGCUUUUUGAGAUAAAUUCGAUUAUCUACACAUUUAUGUAAUACAAUAUUACAUGUAUACAUAGAUGAUAUUUGCAUAUAGAGGCAGUAUAUUGUGAUCCUUAAUUUUUAAGCAGCAAUCCUUGUUGAAAACUUUCAAGAUACUUGUGUUUUUGUUGCCCGUUUUUUGACCUGGGCUCUAAUGGUGACUGCACACAGAAUUUAGAGCCAUCGCCGGCCCGGCCUAUCCUGUUCCCUCUCUGUGUUUGGGAUAGACAUCACUGUGGUAAAGGAAUAUAUAUAUUAUAUAUUUGUGUGUAUGUGUAGACAUGCACACACAUACAUGUAUAAACACAUGUACACACACAAUGCGCGCUGGAUAUUUCCCAGUGUUGAUGUUUUGUUAAUAUUGCUGAGGAUUUCAGUACAGUAUUGCGGAAAACCAAUAACGAGUGUAGUUUCAACUAAAUGAGAAUCACUUUGAAGCUGAAAUGCAUUUGUGCAACCCCUUAUUAAAAGGUGCAACAUUUGUUGUGUCAUGUUCAUUUCCUGUAGAGUUUUGCUUCAGGGGAAUCAACCGUCGCUUUAUUUUAGCUCACAUGUUACUGCACCAUGUUAUUUGACUGCUGAAAACAUUUAAAUGCAUUAGAUUCUAAUUUAUUUUGAGCAACUUUGUGCCCUGCUUGUUUCUCUGUAUGAGACUGGAAAUAUAAUUUGUAAUUUGUUGUGUACAUAUGCAGUUCUGCCCCCGUGCAGUCAGAAAUUAUUUCCCCUGCUCUUCUUCUGUAUGGUACUGAUUCCAAUAAGUCUCUAUAAUCUUCUCCCCAGUCCUGAGAGAAGAAAUUCAUCUCUCUUGUUUCAUGUCUAGAGGGUUGAUUGAAAAGUGAAAAAUGUUUCUGCGUGCGUGUAAACUCUGUUCGGUUUGCAUAUUUUUCAUAUAAACCGCCACAUUUUUUUUCUCCUCAUUUGCAACAGCAUGACCAAACUAAAAAUGCUCUCACUGUGCACUGUAUGUGCCAAUACAUCAGUUCUUUUCUUUUUUCAUGCGUUGGAAGGCAAGUUCAUUUAUAGCUGCUGGUUGGGAAGUCAAGGUACACCUGACACUGUGGUAAACAUGCUAUCAUCAGGCCAUUACCGCCUCCAGCUGCUCUGCUCUGCAGCCAGCGUGUGCAGGUCGGACAGUGAUGCAGAGUAAGCAUGGCUCGUCAGAAAUCUUUAUUUCCCUUACGGCCAAAGUGGUCCCAGCUUCACUUCUGUGCACACGAGCAUGCCACAACACAUUUGUUCAAAUGCCUUGUGUAGAGCAAAACACUGUGUCACUUUUUUUUUUUUUUUUUUUUACAACACAAGAAAAUGGCUGUGGCAAGUUAGUGGGCUGGAACAUCCUGAAGGUGUAGGAUGUAAAUAUCACCUCAGCUGACGUGUGUUUUUCUGUCAGGAAUACUGACACAUGGGGACCAAAUAACAGCAUGAUAUGGUCAGCUACAGGGAUUGAUGUAAAACUGACUUAUGAUUUUUUUUUUUUACAUUUUUCUGUUUUCUGUUCAAUAUGUUUGUUUCACAUCAGUGUUCCUGACAUAGUGUGUUCAGUGAGUUUUUCUCACGCAGGCAGGAAGAAUUAUACUGUGAUAUUAUAUGACUGAUUUGUUGGGAAGGUCCCUGUAAUUUAGCUGCUUUUCCAAUUCUCCCUUAAUCACUGCAGAACUUGUUUACUAAUAUUUUUGAAGUUCUACUUGUCUGUAUGUCUAUUAAUAUAUGUAUGGGUAUUGCUUUAUAUUGAUGCAUACAAAAUUUUCUAUUAAAUUGUGUACAGUUUAUUUUGUUUGUUAAUAUUGCUGUUUUCCAUCUUCAUUGUUCAUUCUCAAGAAUGGUUUGUUUCACCUGAGUGAAAAGUGACAGUGACGUGAUGACAUAAGGGGUUGCUACUAAAUGUAUUUCACAAGAUGAACAGGUUGCUGAAAACACCUGAAAACACAACACGUGUUCGGUGAAACUACACAGCCUGAUUAAAUUAACUGUGGGUUGAUAAAAAUGUAACAUAUGACUAGCAUCGGUUGUAUACAUAAUAUUAUUCUUGGCCAUUCUUUUCUCUUUUUGUGGCCCCUUUCUUUGAAAUAAUCCCUGAAUUUUUACACCAUACGAACAGAAAACAACACAAAAACAAAUAAUUGUACAGGUUGUGUAAAUACUGAGUACUGAGGGAUACACUUACCUUCUUUUUUGUAUGGAAACGAUCAAAUUAAUCUCAAUCAUGAAAUUAAUCACAUCACGACAAAAUUGCAAAAAAAAACCAAAAAAAAUAACAACAAAAAACAAAAACACUAAGGUACUUCUAAUAAGGAUAAUACUGAUAUCUAUAAUUAUAAGUGCUCAAAUAAGACUAUUCUUUCUCUUUGUACAUGAUGAACAAAAUGAAGUGUUGAGUAUUAAUAAUAAAAAACUAA